AUGUUGAUCACAUAUUCCUCGCGGAAGGGAGGACUCCAUAGCCGACCACCUGUUCUCGAACCCUCCGGCAACCGACUCAGAGAUGUACUCCACCAACAACCGAACAUGAUGCACACGAUACAGGUCAACCUUCAACGAAGCGCCACUGCCCAGAGCCUUUUGCAGCAGACCUCGGCCGAAAGGGGAGCACAAGUCCUCCUCGUUUCCGAACAAAACUGGAGCCCAACACGCGACAACAGAUGGACAGUGAGCAAUGAUCUCUCCAGCACAGUGGUCCUCACGGCUUCAGCGGACUUCGUACCCGAGGCGAAAGGGUCCGGCUUCGGCUUCGCCUGGAUUCAAGGCCGCGGGCUAAGGAUUUACAGCUGCUACACCUUCCGCAACGCCACCGAUGAACAGUUUGAAACUUUUCUCGACGACAUGCAUCAGUCCGUGCUCGAAUGCGAUGCCCGAACUCACGUGUUGAUUGGCGGCGACUUUAAUGCCUGGUCUCAGGAGUGGGGAGGAUCCGCACGCAACGACCGGAGAGGAGAACGUCUCUCAGACCUCGCGGCCGGUCUGAACCUCCAUACUGAAAACAUCGGCUCCAAAUCGACAUACCGGAGGAUCAACGCCGAGUUUGUAAUCGACGUGACAUUCUCACGCCUCGUCGCACCAGCCACCAUACGCGGAUGGAGAGUCCUGGAAGACGUUGAGUCAGCCAGCGACCACCGCUACAUCGAAUUUAACCUCGAUCCUACACCUGACGUGGAUGACACUGGUGACAAUCACGCAAGAGGCUGGUCAUUCCGUCAGCUGGACGCCCAAGCACUGGCCGCACACCUCAGCAAUACGGCUCAACCCUACGUUGACGAAGACACCACGGCGUCACAGGCAGCCGAGCAACUCACCGCCUAUCUGGAGGCAGCCUGCGACUCCUGUAUGCCUCCAAGGGCCCCGCGGAGACCAGGCAGGAAGCAAGUACACUGGUGGUCAAAGGACCUCGCCGCACUCCGUCAAUCAACCACUAGGCUACGCAGGGCUCUUCAACGGUCUGCUCGGAGGCACGAUCCUUGUGACGUCACGGACGCCCAUCGCGAGGCAUACAGGGGUAUACGUAAAGACCUACGCAACGCCGUUCGUGAAGCUCAGGCAAAGAGCUGGUCUGAGCUAUGCAAGGCCGUCGACAACGACCCAUGGGGUCUACUGUACAGGGUCGUGACCAAGAGGAUCGGCCGUCAGCGGCCAGGCGUCGAAGCUCGCGGAAGGACUCCAUAG